CUCCGUACAGCGUGCGUUGAAAGAGGUACCUGUUAUCAGCAAUUCAAACAAUCGCCCCGUUUAACGGAACCUUGAUACUUAUCUAUCGUUGCGCUCAGGUUAAGCGAUACUUCUCCACAGGUGAAUACGAUCAGUUCCCAAUAUUCCGUCGAACCAAUCUGCCGUCUCGUCGAUAGUUUCGCGUCCUCGCGGAUUCUUUUCCUCAUAUAGGCUAAGUUAGUGCAGAAAAAGGUGAUUGUGUGUGCGUGUGAUUGUUACGAAAUUAUCCGGUUGGAAAUUUGUGACCUCAUUUGCAUCGGGAAGAUCUUUUAAGGUGAUCGAAUCGAAGUGUAGUGGGUGUCAUUAUAGCAUCGAGUGAAGAAUUUGGGAGUGACGCACUUGUAUAGUGAACGAUGGCUCGUGGUGAAGGGAAAGGUGAAAAUGUGGCCAAAUUGGCCAAUCGGAUCGCUGGCAUCAAGUACACGCUGUUUUGUUUCAACAUCGUAUCCUGGAUUAUCGGCGCCGGAUUGUUUGCGUUCACAAUCUACAUCCGAGCUGAGCCAGGUUUCGAUGAGUGGGUCGCUCUGCUGGAUAUCUACCAGUACUACAUUGGAGUGUAUAUCCUGAUCGGCACAGGAGCGCUGGUCAUGAUCUUCUCCUUCCUCGGGUGUUGCAGUGCCCUGAUGGAACACUCGGCGGCUCUGUACGCAUUCAUCGGGACGCAGGUAUUUCUCUUCCUGGCAACUGUCGUCGGCUCGGCCAUCAUCCUGGACUUUUCGACCAUGAAUUCGAGCAUCCAGCCAUUGAUCCGUCAGACCAUGCUGCGCUUCAUCAUGACCUCGGAACACCCCCAUUCGUCGGCCGCCCUGAAGCUGAUCCAAGAAAGCAUCGGAUGCUGCGGAGCCGAUGGGCCCAAUGACUAUAUGGUGCUGCGUCAACCCCUGCCCCUCGAGUGCCGCGACACCGUCACCGGAAACGCCUUCUUCCACGGAUGCGUCGACGAGCUGACCUGGUUCCUGGAAGACAAAUCCAUCUGGGCUGCCAUCAUGGCCAUGGUGCUGUCGGCCAUUCACACCGCCAACGUCGUCCUCGGAGUCGUCCUGGUCCAGGCCCUGAAACGCGAAGAAGAAGCCAUGUACAGACGCUAAAACCAUCCCGAAGACCGCAGCUGAGAAUAUGACAGUUUUUCCUCUUAGUUAAGUGUUAGUUUCUAUCGUCAACCAGUUUUAGUGUAAUUAUGUGCCAACAACACAGCAAGAAGCAACCACCACGUAGCCAUUAAGUCCACUAUUAUAAGCGAAAAUAAAAAAAAUGAGAAUAAAUUUUGCACCUGGUGAACGGCAGAUGAGCGAAACAAAACCCCA